ACGUGAUCUAGCGACAUUAUCGAAGCUUAAAACGAAAAGUCGGAUCUGUUUUUCUUGGGUUUCGUUUUCUACGAGGAAGCAAAGCAAAAUAACAAUAACAGAGGAAGAAAGAAAAAUUCACAGUUUCACUUUCAGUUUCGCUCCGUAGAAAUGGCUUCGCUAUCGAGCUUCAUCGCUACGCCAAAGAAUCCUCAGACCCUCUUUCUCUCAGGUUCCUCAUUGAAACCAAUGGACAAAUGCUUCUUGAAAAUCAGCUCUGGUGAACACUUUCCAGGUUCCGCUUUUAGGGCUAAAUCAACACGAAACCAGCCACUUGUUAUUCGAGCUAGUGGUGAUGGUGGAAGAUCAACUAGUGGAAGUGUCUUUGUUGGUGGUUUUGUAUUGGGAGGACUAAUUGUUGGAGCAUUGGGUUGUUUAUAUGCACCUCAGAUAAGCAGGACACUAGCUGCUGCAGCUGACAGCAAAGACUUAAUGAGGAAACUUCCAAAAUUUAUGUAUGAUGAAGAAAAAGCUCUGGAGAGGACCCGCAAGAAGCUAACUGAGAAAAUAGCUCAGCUGAAUUCUGCCAUAGAUGGUGUUUCUCCACAGUUGCGGCCAGAUGCAGAACCAAGUGAAUCUGCAGUGGACAAGGAGGACAUUGAAGUUUCCGUAUAAUUAAUCAUUUCACGAUACUUGAGCACAAAUUAUCAUCUCUUUUUCCUAGUCAAGAAAAUAUGAACUUCGGUUAUUGGAUUUAAGUUUAUCACAUUUAACUAUUUCCUUUUAUAAUGGUUCAUUGUAUACGUACAACAUAUAAUAUAUCUGGUGAGAACUCUUGGCUAUUGUAAGAAACAAAAGUAAGUUAAUGACCACAUAAAUCAUGAUCACUUUAACAAGUUGUGUAUAUUUA